AUGUCCACCUUCCAAAUCCACUACUUCUCCACAGCCUCCACCUACACGGGCAAGUCGACCGAACACCUCCCUGCUCCGCUCCCGCUCUCUCAUCUCUUCGAGGUCCUGGAGUCCAAAUAUCCCGGGAUCAAAGAGAAAGUGCUGAGUAGCUGCUCCGUGAGCCUGGAGGAUGAGUAUGUGGAUGUGGGUGAGAAUGGGGAUGGGAAUGGGGUGGUGAUUGAGGCGGGAAAGGAGGUUGCGAUCAUUCCGCCUGUUAGUUCGGGGUGA